GCUCAGGGAGAUCUGAACCCAUCGCACAGGUGAGCGGUGCUGCGACUGUCGUCCUGGGGCCGCUAUGAGCUGCACCAUCGAGAAGAUUCUGACAGACGCUAAGACUCUACUGGAGAGGCUGCGGGAGCACGAUGCGGCCGCCGAGUCGCUAGUGGAUCAAUCGGCGGCGCUGCACCGGCGGGUGGCCGCUAUGCGGGAGGCGGGGACAGCGCUUCCGGACCAGUAUCAAGAGGAUGCAUCCGAUAUAAAGGACAUGUCCAAAUACAAACCUCACAUUCUGCUGUCCCAAGAGAAUACACAGAUUAGAGACUUGCAGCAGGAAAACAGAGAGCUAUGGGUUUCCUUGGAGGAACACCAGGAUGCUUUGGAACUCAUCAUGAGCAAAUACCGGAAACAGAUGUUACAAUUAAUGGUUGCUAAAAAAGCAGUGGAUGCUGAACCAGUCCUGAAAGCUCACCAGUCUCACUCUGCAGAAAUUGAGAGUCAGAUUGACAGAAUCUGUGAAAUGGGAGAAGUGAUGAGGAAAGCAGUACAAAUGGAUGAUGAUCAAUUUUGUAAGAUUCAGGAAAAACUAGCACAAUUAGAGCUUGAAAAUAAGGAACUUCGAGAAUUAUUGUCCAUCAGUAGUGAGUCUCUUCGGGUCAGGAAGGAAAACUCAAUGGACACUGCUUCCCAAGCCAUCAAAUAAUUCAACUUCUGAAUGACGGCUGGAGAUUGUUUAUCGAGGAAGGAAGUUAUUAUCUCUCUAUUCGAGUAUUGUCCAUUCAGUGUCUUGCCUCAGACUUGAUUUAACGUUGAUUAAAUGUAUCAAGUGGCAGUUUAGAAUUCGCAGUCAAAA